AUGUCCUACCCGCAGUUUGGAUACCCUUAUUCAUCUGCACCCCAGUUCCUGAUGACCACCAACUCCUUAUCCACUUGCUGUGAGACCAGUGGUAGGUCCUUGGCAGACUCAGGAGCAGCCCCCUCCACUCAGACCCCUGUCUACUGUCCAGUAUAUGAGAGCAGGCUUCUGGCCACAGCGAGGCAUGAACUCAAUUCAGCAGCUGCUCUGGGAGUCUACGGGAAUCCCUACACAAACACUCAAGGCUAUGGCAAUUAUGUCACUUAUGGGACAGAGGCAUCUGCUUUCUAUUCCUUGAAUAGCUUUGAUUCGAAGGAUGGGAGUGGAUCUGCGCAUGCGGGCAUUACCCAGGCGGCUGCUUACUAUCCCUACGAUCACACACUCAGUCAGUAUCAAUAUGACAGAUAUAGCACCAUGGAUGGAGGGACGCGGAGGAAAAACGCCACUCGGGAAACAACCAGCACCCUGAAGGCCUGGCUGCAGGAACACCGCAAGAACCCUUACCCAACGAAAGGCGAGAAGAUCAUGCUGGCCAUCAUCACCAAAAUGACCCUGACACAGGUUUCCACCUGGUUUGCCAACGCCCGGAGGAGGCUCAAGAAGGAGAACAAAAUGACAUGGCCCCCAAGGAACAAAUGUGCUGAUGAGAAAAGACCCUAUGAGGAGGAGGAGGAGGAGGACGAGGAGGGAGAAGGUCAAGGGGAGAACCUAAAGAAUGAGAAAGUCGAGGAGCCCUCCGGGAAGGAAGACAAAGAGCUGGGCCUAAGCGACCUCGACGACUACGACCCACUGGAGUCGGAAAGCUCGGAGGGCGAGCUGAAGACUCAACCCUUCGGCCACGCGGAAAGCAACGCGUGCGCCAACGAGCCAAGGAAGGAACCCAUCCUGGUGACGGGCGCGGCCUCGCUGGAAAGCCCCCUCGACAGGGCCAAGAGCUGCCUCAAGGAGCCCGGCUCGGGGCCGGAAGGCUGCGAGGCGACGGAGCUGCUGGACGCCAGGCAGAGGAGCUGCGAGGCCAAGCCGUGUUACCAGCCCCAGCCGCCGCCCCUCGAAGGCGGCGGGAAGCCGAGGAUCUGGUCCCUAGCGCACACGGCCACCUCGCUCAACCAGGCGGAGUACCCCUCGUGCAUGCUGAAGCGCCAGCAGGGGGCGGCGAGCGGCGUCGGGGCGGCGCAGGCGGCCAGCGUCCUGGAGAGACCCCCGAAGGAUUCUCCCGUGGCCAACCUCAGGAACUGGGUGGACGGCGUGUUCCACGACCCUCUCUUCAGACACAGUACUCUCAACCAGGCCUUGAACAGCACCACAGUGUCUUGGGCUACCACCAAAGGCUCCCUCUUGGAGACGGGGGCCUUGGGGCGCUCGCUGGGGGCCAAGGGGCAGCUGGCCGGCCUGGCUGGGCCUCAGGACUCCGGCAAAGACUUCUUGGCUUUUCCCAAAGCGGGCAGCAAAAUGUUCUGCUCUUAA